AUGUGUAUCGGUAUGAUUCCAAGACAGGCGGCCACCUCGCCGCCCGAGCCCACCAACCCCGGCUCGACAUGUUUCACAGCCAGCAGGCUCAAUGGCACCACGUUUCAGAUCGUCGAGGACGAUAAGUUUCUCGAGAUGCCUAUAAUAUACGCCAAGGUUUACCCAACUGUCUUUGUGCUCAUAGACACCGGGUGCGGUGGCGCGGCGCGCGAUCCCAGCGUUGAGCUCAGGUCGCUACGUAGGUUCCUCGAGACGGUUCCCGUGAAUGACAACGGCGAAGCUCCUCUCAACUCUGGUGGGGAGAGGGAGUAUCUUAUUAUUUGCACACAUUGCCACUUUGAUCAUAUAAGCGGCAUCGAGCAGUUUGUCGAGACGCACGGCAAUACCGUCUGGGCCAGCGAUUACGACAAAGUCUAUCUCAGCCCAACCCGACUACCAAGCUCGUCUCUCUGUGACAAACUCAAUAUUAAAACACCAGAAUACACAGUCACAAAUUGGUGCAGCGACGGCCAGCAGGUGGUUGACAAUGCUGGACACGAUCUCGGCCUGACGGUGUACCAUACACCCGGCCACACGCCUGACGAAGUUGCCAUAUGGGACUCACGCGAGAGAAUACUUUUCGUCGGCGACUCUAUGUACCAGUACGCGCCCAUCUUCUUCUUUGAAACACAGAGCGUCAUCAAGUAUAGCGAGUCGAUUGGCAAAUUGAGGCAGCUCGUCAGACGAUUCAACGCCGAGACAGGUGAGCUUGACCACUCACAUAAGCCGUAA